ACUUUGAUCAAAAUUUGCUUAAACACAGUCUCUAGUCUUUGUUAAGCUACACAAGUCACAACCCCUGGUCAAAAUUGCUCAUCUUCGUUUUUCUGGCGAAUCCUCCAACAUUUUUACUCAGGUGUAUUACACUCAUAUUUCCCUUUUCUCAAAGUUGUAAUCUACUGUACAUCAUACCAUGCCAAAUUUCUUGCCCAAUUAAAUUCAUAAACUGGGCUUUGAUGAUGAAUUCAGAAAAAUCAAAGUGGGAUGGGACAAUUUCACCAGAUGAAUUUCUUAAAGGAGCUCUUGCUUUUGCUGAGAAAUGGAAGAAAGUUUGCCUAAAUCAUAAUCAUGAUCUUCCUAAUUGGUUUUGGGUUUCUUGUCUAAACCCACCAUUCCUCAAUUCCCACGAAGUAGAUGGAUAUCUAUCACUGGAGAAGAUGUGCAUUUUGAGGUCUGAUAAGAUAGAUGAUGAAAAAGUUGGUUAUGCUGUGGAGGAAAUGCCUAACUGCUUAGAGAGCGAGGAGUGUACUGAUCCUGCAAGGCUGGUUCAGGAGGCUGCCCAGGAAGUGCAUUAUUAUGACUUCCAUAUAGUAUACAGCAAUUCCUACAGGAUUCCGGUGUUAUAUUUCCGUGGUUAUAAUUCAGAUGGACAAACAUUAUUGUUGGAUCAAAUUGAAAGAGAUCUCCCUCCCAGAUCUGUUGAGGUGCUUACUGAAUCAAAGUGGACAUUUAUAACUCAACAGGAGCAUCCCUAUUUGAAUAGACCUUGGCACACACUACAUCCAUGUGGAACGAAUGAGUUGAUGAAGCUACUCCUGAGUAAUACUUCUCUGUCUGAAGAUAAAGUUGGAACAGAAUGUUAUAUCAUAUCAUGGCUCUCAGUUGUUAGCCAGGUUGUUGGUCUUAGGGUGCCCCUUCAGAUGGCAGCUCUAUGUCACGAGUAGUUCUUCUCACGUUCCUUAACCCUACCUCAGGAGAAAUCGGGCAAUUCUAAAAGUGCUGAUUGUGUAAUUUGAUUUUUGGUGCAAUACUUCAUGUAUUUUUUUUCCAACAUGCUCCUUUAUGUCCACAAUGGCUUCGGUAAAAACAUGAUAGUGUUGGAUGGUCAUUUGCGCAGGCUUAAUUCUUUGCUGUUUGGCUGAUGCCUGUAAAUAAUCAUACAAGAACUAGCUGGAGAACGCCUGGCUUCCAUUGUAGAGAGCUUUGGGUCUUUUUUUUAAAGCACCUGAAUGAAAUUAUCAACAUUGUCCAGUGCAAAA